GCGAAGAUCCCCACGAUUAUUAAAACAGCGUGGCUGUGCACCUCACUUCCCAGAUUGCAGCAAUUUCCAUCCAGCUUGACUACAUGGGUUUCAUAGACUUAUAAUAGAGCAACCGAUUAGAGAUUGCAGCGAGACAGCUAGUAAAGAGCAGAACUGUCUGCUUCUUCUCGCUCACUGGAAUCUCGGCACUGACCAAAACUCUUUGACAUGUCAGAAGUUUUCUUUCUAUGACAGGAAAAAUGGAGGAACUUCCAUACGCUUUAAUGUCAUAUAAUGGAGGUUCCAAGGGUUUUCCCCAAAAAUAUGAAACUAUUGUAAAGAAGCACUUCCAAAUAAUCUACAUGGAAGAAUUUUCCAAAAACAAGAAUGUGUAUGCUCCAAAGAUACAAGCCAUUUUGGUGUGGUGGCUCCAGCCUGUUGUUGACAAAGAACUUCUGGAUUCUCUUCCCAAUCUUAAAGUAAUAGCGAAUGGUGGAGCAGGGGUAGAUCAUCUGGACCUCAAGUUAAUCUCAAAUUAUGGUAUACUAGUCAGUAAUACACCAGGUGUAGGAGAUGAUACCACUGCAGACAUGGGAAUGACUUUAAUGUUUGCAUCUGCCAGAAAUGUAGUGGAAGGGAAUACAGCAUCAUGUUCACCAGACACUAAAGAGAUUGAUUUCAACUGGGUGGGAGAUGAUAUCACAGAGGCCACACUGGGCAUCAUUGGAAUGGGAAGCAUUGGCUACUGCAUAGCUCAGCGAGCUAAGGCUUUCAGGAUGAGAAUUCUUUACCACAAUAGGAACAGGAGGACUCAAGAAGAAGAAGCGGCGGUAGGAGCUGAAUACUGUAGUAACAUGACUGAUUUGCUUCAGCGGUCUGACUUUGUAAUGGUUGUUGUCACGCUAACACCAGAGACACACAAUCUGAUUGGAAAAGAAGAACUUCAGCUUAUGAAGCCCACAGCCACUCUUAUCAACAUUAGUAGAGGCAAGGUAAUUGACCAAGAUGCCCUGGCAGAUGCCUUAAACAAAGGGAUAAUUAAGGCUGCUGCUUUAGAUGUCACAUACCCAGAACCAUUGCCAAGAAAUCACCCCUUGCUGACAGCAAAGAAUAUUAUUUUGACACCACAUUUUGGAAAUGCAACCCAUAGGACACGAAGAAAAGUUGCUGAAAAAACUGUCCAAAAUGCAUCUGACAUUCUUAAAGGUCUUCCAGUAAAAGACAUAGUGACAGUUCCAUAACAUGUGUAUUCAGUGUGCACACUACCUGCAAUGCUGUUUAUGGAAGUAAAGUACUGCUUGACAGUUACAUUAUGUACACCAUUUCUAGUAUAUAAAGUCAUGCCGGUAAAUGUUGGCACCCCUGAAAUUUUUCAAGAAAAUGAAGUAUUUUCCACAGAAAAGCAUUGCAGUAACACAUGUUUUGCUAUACACGUUUAUUCCCUUUGUGUGUAUUGGAAUUAAACCAGAAAAUGGAGGGGAAAAAAGCAAAUUGGACAUAAUUUCACAUCAAACUCCAAAAAUGGGCCGGACAAAAUUAUUGGCACCCUUAACUUAUUAUUUGGUUGCACACCCUUUGGAAAAAAUAACUGAAAUCAGUCACUUCCUAUAACCAUCAAUAAGCUUCUUACACCUCUCAGCCGGAAUGUAGGACCACUCUUCCUUUGCAAACUGCUCCAGGUCUCUCUUAUUGGAAGGGUGCCUUUUCCCAACAGCAAUUUUAAAGGGGUAUUCCAGGCCAAAACUUUUUUU